AUGUCUUCGGCUACUACAUGGGCUCUCACGGCAGCCCAAAUACUGACUUACCUGAUGGGUUUGGCCGCAAACGGCUUCGUCUUGAAAGUAAGCUUCGUGGAGUGGAUGCUCUCCGGCCAUGUCACCUCCUCCGAUUACUUUAUCUGCUGCUUGGCUUUCUCGAACAUCUUCCUUCAGACCUGGUUUGGGGCUGACUGGGUUUGUGACCUUCUCCUGGAAAGUGGUCCUCUUUGCCGCAUGGUCUACGCCCUGAAGAUGAUGUCCUGCUCGUACAGCUUGUUACUGUCCUCCUGGCUAUGUGUUUUCUACUGUGUUCGGAUAGUGUCAUUCCAGAACGGUCUUCUGCGGCUGAUACAACGUAACAUCCGAAAGUCCUAUAAGUAUGUCAUUGUAUUGUCUGUCCUAUUGUGUCUGGCUAUGGGACUUCCACUGGCGUGGAUCGGGAAGGAAGUCUCGAUAACCCCACAAAUCAACUCCAGCCAUUGGUCCAACCACACCACAUGUGGCUACUGCUUUAUUUCCAUAUACCGCAGUGUCCUUUUGUUGUUUGGGUACUCGAUGCCACUAUUUUAUGUAAUACUCUCAGCAGCUUUUAUAUUGAGGUCCCUCACGAUCCAUAUGGAAAGAAUGCGCGUCACCAUGGAAACUGGACACGAGAGCCGCGUGGAAGCUCACGUGAAGGCCGGCUACACGGUUCUCUCGCUGCUCCUGCUGUUCGCAUUAAACUUCAUCCUCUCCAUCAUCAUCCUCAUUGAUAUAUAUCCUCCGGGCCACCCGAACCUCUUCGCCUGUUACUUGGCCAUAACGUUCUAUUCCCUGGCGCACGGCAUCGUGUUAAUCAGAGGGAACCGCAGACUGCGCGAGGAGGCCGCAGAAACCGUGAGGAAACUUCUAAAAAUAAAGGGUUAA